AACCGGGUCUUCCUUUAGACGGAUGCUCUGAAUUCUGCUGUGGUUCGUGGAGAAACAGUUCUGCUGCCGGUGCCGGUGACCGGCGCCGCGGCUUCCCGAUGGCGGAGGACUCAGGCGCCAUCCUCCGCCACAUCUCCUCCCUCAAGGACAUGCUCGACAAGGUCAAUGAAGAGAUUGAACAGAAUAUACAAAAGACCAGGGAAAUAGAGUCAGAAAUAGUGAAGCAUUCUGAAACUGAAAAGGACUAUCUCGUGAAGGAGUCUGAACUAAUGAAAGGAGUAUCAGUUGCUGAGUUCGAACUCGAUGGGCUUAUGCAAGUGGCAGCUGCUGGGACAGAUUCACUUAAAGUGAUGGAGGGCAAUGUGGAAUUCCAGAAAGCUACUUUGAAUGAAAUUAGGAAGCGGUUCUCUGAUAAAAUGGAAAGGUUCAUCGCUGAAUCUAAAGGCUUCCAAGCUAACAUGCUUGGAGAUUCAAAUGAGGAUUUACUUCUCCUACUUAAGGAAAAAGAUUCGCUGGAGGAUGAGAGUGAGAACUUGAGGAUGAAGAUCAACACUAUACAAAGUUCAUCAAAUGAAUACAUUGCUGAGAUUCUUCAGGAGGUAAAUAUGGAAAAUUCAGUUUUGGAAUCUGAGUUACAAUAUAGGGUUUCAGAAUAUAUGGACGUUCUCAAGGAUAUAAACAACCUGAAGAUCCUAUUUAGUUCGAGCAAUUCUUAAGCUGGUAUUCACCGUUGCAGACAUCUAUGAAUCGAUGAUCUAGAUUGUAAGACUGUAACAAGGAAGAUUUUGAAAAAGAAAUACUUAAGCAAUACAAAGAUGCAUGGAUCAUGGACAGAAACUUUGAUCUUUGCACUGCGUCAUGGUUUUCACUGUAUGUAUAUAGGACUUACGCACGUUUGCAUGACAAGAUCAAGGAGAGAAAACACCAGCACCCAAGGUGCUCUUGCGCAGGAACAAAGAAACACACUACACAUGGAUUAACCGAUUGAGAACUAUAGAAGACAACAAACAUGCACCUACCUUUGCAGCUUGCGGGCGUCCAAGGAAACCCAGCUCUUGUCGAUCGAUCUUUUGAUCAACUAUUCAACUAGUUCUCGUAGGUCGUCGUCUACCUUUGUAUGAAAAUAUGGCAAGCCCUCCUUCUCUAUAUAUAUCCCUGGUGCCUCUCUUUGUCAAGGCAAGGACGAUUGAUUGAUUAGGAUACUUACUUAUGGAAGCUAAAUCUGCCGCCUUUAA